UCUUCACCCACACGACAAUUUUUGUCCCUCAGAACCCAAACAAUCAGAAUCACCAACAAAUUCCUUCAAUCACCCCAUCCACUACCGACAUUCACAAUGGCUGGUGAAAACGGUGACGCUCGUCGCAAGGGAGGCGAAUACUCGACCAACCCCAACACUCAGCGCACUCGAACCUACCUGGCCAACCAGACUCCUGAGCAGAAGGCGCUAAAGUCCAAGGUCUUCUCGGAGUAUCGUGCCUUCCGCACCACCUGCAUCAAGCGUGCCAACAUGUCCGACUACAUCUACGAGCGUGACCGCGAUACCAAGGUCAAGAUGCUGUCCGACUCUCUCAACACCCUGGUUGCGAACCGCACUGCCCGCAACAUCCAGUACAUGGGCCAGUCUGUCAAACGCUUCGCCGAGCGCUACCAUGACAAGGCGUUCCUCCGGAGCGUGGAGCAGGCCAAUACCCUCCCCCAGGGCGGCCUCUCCACUGGCUCCUCUCCUGAGAGCCAAACUGGCAUCACCAACCCCAGCCAGCUUCAGGACUCUGAGGAGGAGGGCGCCAACAAUGGUACCACUGCGGCCUCUGACCUCUCGGAAGAGUUGACCACCAUCAAUCAGCUUCUCGACAUGCAGGCCAGAGCCACUAUGGAGACCUACAACGGCCUGACUGACAUCAUGCACGACCUCGGCUUCUAAGGAAGCACUACAUGUACUUUGGGCACGCUACACACCCUUGGGUUGGACUGUCUCCUCCUCUUGGCGAGUCUUCUUGGGCUUUCUGUUUUUCUUUUUCCG